UCUGCAUUGACGUCAUAAUAAGGAAAGAGCAUGCCUUUCAUAUAUUUAAUCGUUUUAGUUAUUUUCCAUUAAAUUUAAUACAUCGUUUCUUUUUAUUGUCUUACAGUUGUGUCUUUACAGCAGUGCUGCUGUUCUAUUUGUUUUCAUUAACUUGUUUAGUCACGGGAUCAAACUACAACUCCCAUCAACACCGGAAGUUAGGCAGAGCGCCAUCUCAGAUUUAGACGUGUUAGUUGAGCCGGGAGUGGAGUUGAUGUUACUUUGACUAGACACUUGAACAUGCACCGGAAAGCUGCUUUAUGAAGUGACGCCGUUUCUCAGAGACCCAGUUCAGCAGAGAGCCAAUAUGGGGACAGCUUUGGCCGUUGUUCUUGUGUUUGUCGGCUGCUGUAGUAAUGUUGUUUCUCUGGAGCUGCUUGUCAGAGAUUUUCCAGGAUGUGGCAACAUUGUCACCUUUGCACAGUUUUUAUUCAUUGCAUUGGAAGGAUUCAUCUUUGAGGCAAACUUUGGUAGGAGGAAACCAGCCAUACACAUCAGGAACUAUGUGAUUAUGGUGGCCAUGUUCUUCACCAUCAGUGUGAUCAACAACUAUGCGCUCAACUUCAACAUCUCCAUGCCGCUGCACAUGAUCUUCAGAUCGGGGUCACUAAUCGCUAACAUGAUCCUUGGCAUCGUCAUCCUGAAGAAAAGAUAUUCAACCAGUAAAUAUUUGUCUAUAGUCUUAGUGUCCGCUGGAAUCUUCAUCUGCACCAUCAUGUCUGCCAAACAAGUGAAUGUGGCCAAGGAGGGAUCAGAAGAAGGAUUUUACGCCUUUAUGCACUGGCUUAUAGGUAUAGCCAUGUUGACGUUUGCUCUCCUAAUGUCCGCCAGGAUGGGCAUUUUUCAGGAGACACUGUACAAGAAGUAUGGAAAACAUUCCAAAGAAGCUCUCUUCUACAAUCACUGCCUGCCUCUGCCCGGGUUCCUGCUCCUGUCCUUUGACAUUUACCGGCAUGGUGUCUUUUUCAGUCAGAGCACUCCUGUACUGAUUCCAGUUGUUGAACGCUCCAUUCCGAUAAUGUGGCUCUACCUGCUCAUCAAUGUCAUCACACAAUAUGUAUGCAUCCGUGGUGUUUUCAUUCUGACCACAGAGUGCACCUCUCUGACCGUCACUCUGGUGGUGACACUUCGAAAGUUCUUCAGCCUCAUCUUCUCCAUCAUUUACUUCCAAAACCCCUUCACCGUCUGGCACUGGCUGGGCACCUCCGUGGUUUUCCUGGGCACUCUGCUGUACACUGAGGUGUGGAGCAGCAUCAGCGCGGCGCUGCGCAGACCUGCUGUCAAAGAGAAGAAGGCAGAGUAACAGAGAAAAACGAGAACUCUGUUGUUGGACUUGAGCUUCUUAGCCGGUUUUAAAUAUAUAUAUAUAUAGGUCAAAGUCGUCAAACAUCGACGCUGAUACAGUAGCUGCUUAUGUUUUGUUAUAGUCUUAUCAAAUAAGGUGAAACGACGGUCCAUUUUAGUGAGGUGGUUAAAGGGUAAGUAAGCAGAAUAUUUGUUUUGGGCUUUAUAAACACAGAAUAUAGCUCCCAUUCGUCCUCGGGACUUGAGGCAGAAAUUGCGGUUUAAAGUCUGUUACAUAGAUUGAGUGCACAAAAAUGUUGUUUUAUGUUUCUGAACCCAACCUGUGUCUUGCUAAAACUUUUUUUAAUAAUCAUGAAAAAUUCACGCCAAAAAAAAAAAAAUUACACAUUACCUUGUCUCAAGGAGAGCCAUGUCCCAAACAGCUCCAGCCAACUUAAGUAAUUUAAAUUAUUUAUCCCUACAAAACACAAACUUUGUACGUUUCCUGAGAGGCUCGGUUACAACCGGUCUCCUGUGAUUUGCAUAACUGCAACAUUCCAACCUGUUUUCCACUAGACAAUAUUAAAACCGGUUUUAUAUGUGAAAAAAAAAAAUACAGACACAGGGCAGCAACACUGCAGAUAAAUGCCAUCGUACAUAAAACAGACUGGGGGGGGACUCAUUAUGUUUAAUUACGUGUUAUUGGGGUUUGUUUUUUUUUUUGUUUUUUUUGUCCUUAGGAAAAUUCUUUUUAAAAAAAAACUUUUUUAAAAGUUGUCUUAAAAGCUAUUUUUGGUCGCUCUAAAUAACGCGUUGUUCAUUUUUACUCCAGAGCCUCAGAGCUCGUUAGGUUUCUAAUCCUCAAUAGUGUGCAGUAUUAUGAUUAGUAACAUUUCAGUUAGACUUGAAUUGACUCCAUGCUUAAAA